AUGGCACAACCAAUGGGUGUUCUCAAGGAGUAUACGUUACCCCAGGUUGUCAACAACAAGACAUCAACCUCCAGCAAAAUGACAAUAAGGGAGUACAAGAAAAUUGGUGAGGGAGCAUUCGGAACCGUUGUUGAAGCUGUAUUGCGAUACGCUGACGAUUCAUCACCUGAUGCAACAACAACAACAACAACAACAACCAAAACAACACCACCAUCCAUCACCAAUGGGAAUUCAAACGAAUCCAAGUCUAAUCAAUCAACCAAUGGGAUCCACAAGGAUGGAUGGUUAGGUCCAUUUGCAAUUAAACGCGUACCGGCACAAACUGAAUACAAAUCAAGAGAGUUGGAAAUAUUACGUGUUGUGCAUCAUCCCAAUAUUGUCAGUUUACGAUUCUUUUUCGACAAGAGAAGUUCAGCAGAUGAUAAAGUGUAUCAAAAUUUAGUCAUGGAAUGUUUACCAUCAACAUUACAAGCAGAAAUCAAGUUUUACCGUCAAUCAAAAUAUACUAUACCCUAUCCACAUAUGAAGGCAUACACUUUUCAACUAGCAAGAGCAAUGUUGUACUUGCAUGGACUUGGUGUGAGCCAUAGAGAUAUAAAACCAUCAAACAUUCUUGUUGAUCCAUCAACGAUACAGCUCAAAAUUUGUGAUUUUGGCUCAGCCAAAAAAUUGGAACCUAAUCAACCGUCAGUUAGUUAUAUAUGCUCAAGAUAUUAUCGAGCACCAGAAUUGAUUGUUGGAUGCUCAUUGUACACCACCAAGAUAGAUAUAUGGGGUUUGGGAUGUGUUAUUGCCGAAAUGUUUCUUGGAAAACCCAUAUUCCAAGGUCAUUCCCCCGAAACCCAAUUGAAGGAAAUUGCCAAAUUAUUGGGUCCACCACCAAAUACUUUUUUCUUCAAGAGUAAUCCACAAUACAGGGGUAAUAUGUACACAACAAGAUUGUUUAGUUGUACAGUUGAGGAACGAUUUAGACAAAUUUUCAGUAAUUCACCACCUGAUGCUAUUGAUCUUUUGAUGAAGAUUUUGGUUUAUGAUCCUGAACAAAGAGCAAGUCCUAGAAAAGUGCUUGUCCAACCAUUUUUCAAUGAAUUGAGGAGUAAAGAUUUCAAAGUGUACCCUAGAGGUGCUUCAGAACCGAUAUUUUUGGAUUUAUUCAACUUUAGUGAUUUUGAGUUGGAUUUACUAGGGCCAUACAAGAAUGACCUCGGCCUUGUAUGA